CCCACCCUCUCUGCGGUGCUGUGAUUUGACUAUCCAAACAGCCCGCUUCAGAGGCAUCCAUCCUCCAACAGUCUUCCGGGACAGCACAGAUUAACCUCUCAGCCCCCACGGACUCUGAACAUCUGAGACAUCUCUAGGUCUCAAGCAGCAGCCCCUGUAGAGAGGAGCAGCUGGACGUCUCUACGCCCAUUUCAAGAGGAGGAAAAGGAGGAGACCACGUCUGGAUACAUAGAGAAGAAGAGCAGAGUGGAAGCUCAUCCCGGUUUUCGGGGAUCUUGAGGAAGAAAACGAGCUGCUCCACUAUGAGGAGUCAGACCGUCUUCACCGUCUGUUUGGCAGUCACAGUUCUUCUGUUUCUCCGCGCCAACGUGAGCUGCCUGGAGGUCACGCCACAUGACGGCCAGCUUAUCCUAGCCAGGGGCUCCUCGAUCACGCUCACCUGUUCAAGCUCGGGGGAGACUGCCUGGGAGUUCAAGAGGGAUGACGUUCCUUAUUUCCAAGUAGAACAGGGCCAAAAUGGUGUUCAGAGCUACCAAAUUGUACAGGACGGCGUCAAAUCCAGCUCCUUGAGCCUGUGGAACGUAAGCUGGAAGCACACUGGGGUGUAUCAGUGCAUUGAUCGACACACUGGAGAAAGGAAGGAGGUGCAUGUCUUCGUCCCAGACCCCCAGGUAUGGUUUGUUGAGAGCGUUCACGGCAUGCUGACCAAGACCAGUGAGCUGACCACCAUUCCAUGUGUGGUCACCAACCCCAAAAUCAAUGUCUCCCUCUACGAGAAGGAAACUGACCUCGCAGUCAAGGGGCUCUAUGUCCCUAGUGAGGGGUACACCGCAGCCCUAGAAGACAGAACAUAUGUGUGUCGCGGAAAGAUGAACGGAGAGGUGAAAGAGUCCCAGGCUUUCAACGUUCUCAGUAUCUUCGUCCCAGAGGCUAUCGACGCCUACAUCAACGCAUCACAGACAGUGCUGAAGCAAGGCGAGCCGCUAACAAUCAACUGCACCGUGCACGGAGCGCAGCUGGUCUUUUUUUCAUGGGACGUCCCCAACACGGAGGCCGCUGAUGUGGAACAGCUAGCAGAUGUCCUGUCAGCCAUGAACAUGAGGUCCUACCUCAUCUUCCCUCAUGCCACGCUGGCCCACAGCGGAAACUAUGUCUGCCAUGCUCAUGAGCAGGUUCAGGACCAAACGGCCGACGCCAGUGUCAACAUCACAGUGCUCGAACGAGGCUUCGUGGCCUUAUAUCCGGCUGAGAAUCAACACAUUUGGGCCCGGCUGCAGGAGAACGUUGAGCUGAAGGUGGAGGUGGAGGCCUACCCUUCCCCGCAGGUCAGCUGGAGCAAAGAUGGCACUGCCAUCAAAGGAGACAAAAUCAUCAUGAACAGACAAGAGCACGAGAUUAGAUAUGUCAGUAUCCUCACGUUAGUACGGGUGAGGCCGGAGCAGAGAGGACUCUACACAGCUCGGGUCACCAAUGGAGAUGACACGAAAGAAGUGACUUUUGACCUGGAAGUUCAAGUUCCCUCUCAGAUUAAAGAUCUGACUGACCACCACCUUCCUGGGAAGAGACACCUUGUGACCUGUAUAGCUGAGGGCAUCCCGACCCCGACCAUCCAGUGGUACAGUUGCAACAGCAUGCUAAAGUGCGAUAACAAGACCACAAUAUGGCAACCGCUGGCACCAGAAGCAGAGGAGCUGAGCAUCCACACCAACAUCACCCACAGCGAGAGCCGUAAAACCAGUCAGGUGUGGAGCCGUCUGACCUUCCACAAGCCGCAGCAGGUCACAGUUCGUUGCGAGACCAGCAACCAGCCGGGGAAGUUGGACAGAAGAGACGUCAAACUGGUGUCCAGCACGCUCUUCUCCCAGGUGGCAGUCCUGGCAGCAGUCCUCGCCUUAGUGGUCAUCAUCAUCCUGUCCAUCAUCAUCCUCAUCGCCGUGUGGAGGAAGAAACCUCGUUACGAGAUCCGCUGGAAGGUGAUCGAGUCUGUGAGUCAGGACGGUCACGAGUACAUCUAUGUGGACCCCAUCCACUUGCCCUACGACCUCACCUGGGAGAUGCCCAGAGACAACCUGGUGCUGGGUCGCACUCUCGGAUCGGGAGCUUUUGGCAGGGUGGUCGAAGCCACUGCAUAUGGUCUCGCUCAUUCCCAAUCCUGCACAAAAGUGGCCGUGAAAAUGCUUAAAUCUACAGCCAGAAAGAGUGAGACACAAGCCCUGAUGUCAGAGCUGAAGAUUAUGAGUCACCUGGGUCCUCAUCUCAAUGUUGUCAACUUACUGGGAGCCUGCACUAAACAUGGUCCCCUGUAUCUGGUGACUGAAUACUGUCGCUAUGGUGACUUAGUGGACUACUUGCACAGAAACAAGCACACCUUCUUGCAGUAUUUUGCCGAGAAGAACCAAGAUGAAGACUACCUGAUCUCGAGGGCAAGCAGUCCGCUCAGUCAAGGCAAAGGCUACGUGUCAUUUGCAAGCGAGAGCGACGGAGGCUACAUGGACAUGAGCAAAGACGAGCCCUCCAUCUAUGUCCCCAUGCAGGAGCAGAUGGACUCCAUCAAGUACGCCGACAUCCAGCCGUCCCCGUAUGAGUCCACCUACCAGCAGGACCUUUACCAGGAACAAGUUGGCGGAAGACUGGACCUGGUCAUCAGUGACUCGUCCACACUCACCUAUGAUGACCUGCUGGGUUUCAGCUUCCAAGUGGCAAAGGGCAUGGAGUUCCUGGCCUCCAAGAAUUGUGUUCAUCGUGACCUCGCCGCCAGGAAUGUGUUGAUCUGUGAGGGCAAACUGGUGAAGAUCUGUGACUUUGGACUGGCCAGAGACAUCAUGCAUGACUCCAACUACAUUUCAAAAGGCAGCACCUUCCUGCCCCUCAAGUGGAUGGCACCAGAAAGCAUUUUCCAAAAUCUGUACACAACCUUGAGCGAUGUGUGGUCCUACGGAAUUCUUCUCUGGGAGAUUUUCACGCUGGGGGGAACCCCAUACCCUGACCUGCCUAUGAAUGAGAUGUUCUACAGCGCCCUGAAGAGAGGCUACAGGAUGGCCAAACCUGCACAGGCCUGUGAUGAAGUCUAUGAGAUCAUGAAAAAGUGCUGGGAAGAGAAGUUUGAGAAGAGACCCGAGUUCUCCGCCCUCGUUCACAGGAUGGGCAGCUUGCUGACUGAAAGCUAUAAAAAGAGAUACAGCCAAGUCAGUGACAACUUCCUGAAGAGUGACCACCCAGCUGUAGCCCGCACAAAGCCACGCCUCGCCUCCCACUUGCCUGAAGCCAACUCGACGUUCGCCACCCCCUUCCCCGUCUCCCUCUCCUACCCCCCGGAAGCUGGCGGUCAGCACUCAAGCCCGGCUCCCUCGGAGGAAGUCGUGCCCUCGUACAACGACUACAUCAUACCAAUCCCGGACCCCAAGCCGGAGGAUGCGUUCACUGACAUGGAGUCGGGAAGCCCCGCGAGCUCCGUAGCGCUGGAGGUCGAGACGGACUCGGUGUCUCAGGACACAACCGCUACGCUCCCAGAGGAGGACCGGAUGGAAGGGACCAGCGAGAGAGACGCUCUGCUGGGCUUGUCGGCGACGCCCGAGGUAGAGGACAGCUUUCUGUAGUCACAUUUGGAAUUCUGGAAAAGAAAAUCUGGGAAAAAAACAUUUACUUGGGGACUUUUUCCUCCUAUUAUUAAACCGGGCCGUAAAAAAGGAACAUGACUAAAGUAGAAUGUAGCAUCAUGGAGACUAAAAGGAGCUGUGUAUUUCCACUAAGCACAUCUGAGACAUUCUGUUCUUAGUCUAUAUCUAAUUUUUCCUUUUUCACACUGAAUGCCUCUGAAAUUCUCCAUAAUCUGUAAUCGACAUGCUUUUCUCAUUCUUAGAACGCUUCAGUCACACAGAUACGGUACAUUCCUCACAAUAUUCCUCGGUACUGAAUUAUAUUUGUUCAAUAAGUGAAUAUUCAUAUCUCAUACAGAUGUUUGAUUGCCAGAUCUUGAAUAAAAAAAAAUCAUAACAUGUUGGAAAAUGUUGAAAUAUGGGGACGUUUUUUUUUUAUGCACUGUUUUGAUAUCCCACAAUGAUAGUCGAUGGUUUUAAUCGAAGAAGCUGGGAACAUUAUGAAAUAUUUUUUUUCCUUUUGAAUGAAUUUUACAUUAGAUUGAGAUCUUUUUUGUGUGUACUGUAUAAGCCUCCUUAUAGGUCUGUGCCAGAUUUGCACUUUAUGUCGAAAAUGUUGAUGUAUUCAUGAUCAAGGUACAUUUGAAAUGUUCACCCUGUUAAAAGAUGUUUGACUUGUAUAUCCUCGCUGGCAUGUGGUUAUGUUUGAAAAAUUAGCAUGCAGGUGAGCAUCACUUCAUUGCAAUGCAAAACUAACACAAAAUUGAGGAAAACUUUUUUUAAUGGAACACAUAUUGAGACAUACGUCUUGGUUAUUUCUGAAUGUUAAUUUUUCAGUAAACCAAGAUGUUUUGGCGCAUCCCAAUGGACAAAGCCAGCUCUGUCAAGACUAUGUGUAUGAAUUUGGUUGUGGACGAACCUGAGAGACAGCUAGUCAGCAAGUCUGAUCCCAUGCGUUCCUUCGUGUUGGCUUAAUGUACUGUACUUAAAUAGAAAAGGGGGAAAAAUAUUGAUUUAAAGAAAAAUAAAUAAAUAAAAUGUAUACAGCCAUAUGAGAUUUGGGGUUCCGCCUGCCAGUGAGGAAGUGUGGUUGUUACACUGAGGAGAACAAUAAAUACAGCGUAUCACUGCCUUUGCACAAAAGUGUGCCUUUGUUAUGUACAGUCUAUUCACUGUACAUGUGAUUGCUUAUAAUGAAGGGCUACUGUCCGCUGAUGCAAACGUCAUGCAUGCAGCGCUUUGUCCACCAUGUCCGACAACCACAAGCUACGCUACCAAAGCUCAACAUGAAGGUGACCAUGUGUAUACUCUAUGUAACGUGAGAAUAAAUAUGUAUCAGCACAAA